UUUCUUUUUUUCUUUAGCUUUAUGAAAACUGAUGUCGUCAUAUGGCUGCUGUUAUAUUCUAUGUAAGAAAUUAUCUUAGCAUAAGAUUAAGUGGUACCUAAAUUUGAAACUUAAAUCCCGAAGCGUAGUCAUACCUCGGACGCCUUGUCCUUCCUCGCCUGCCGUAGGAAACAAGACGAAAAUCGUGCGGGCAUGGCGUAAGCAGCUAGCCUGCUAGCCAUUUGAGGCUGCUUAUUACUAUAACAAAAUGCUCUAUAACAAGUCACAUUUUGUGUCUCGAUAAGGGAGGAUGUGGCUAAAUAAUGGGAAACGUCUUUGGGAGAAAGAGCCGAUCCUCUCGUGUAACGGAGCAAGACAAAGCCAUUUUGCAACUGAAGCAGCAGAGAGAUAAACUGAAGCAGUAUCAAAAGAGAAUCACCUUACAGCUGGAGAAGGAGAGUCUUCUGGCUAAGCAGCUGUUAAAGGAUGGCAAGAAAGAAAAAGCACUGCUGUUGCUUAAGAAGAAACGCUACCAGGAUCAGCUACUAGAGAAAACUGAGAGUCAGAUUUCAAACCUAGAGCGUAUGGUUCAAGACAUUGAGUUCAUGCAAAUCGAGGUGAAAGUCGUCGAGGGGCUUAAAAUUGGCAAUGAAUGCCUGAAAAGCAUGCACGAGAUCAUGUCAAUAGAAGAUGUGGAAAAAAUCCUGGAUGAGACCCAAGAAUCAAUUGAGUAUCAAAGGCACAUAGAUGAAAUGUUGGCUGGAGCCAUGACACACGAGGAUGAAGAAGCAGCUUUAGCAGAAUUAGAAGCCAUCACUCAGGAAGAAGAUGUAGCACUGCCAGAGGUUCCUACUGACCUUGUACCAGAGAUACCAGAAGCUGCUAACGUUGAAACAGAGAGGAAAGAAGCAAGGAAGCAGGAGGAUAGAGAGAUGCUGGCAGCCUAAGAGGAUUUCUGGGCGAUACCCAGCACUGAUCUGCAAAUAAAGCCCCUUUAGUUUUGUAACAAGGGGAGGAUUUGUAUCCAACAUAGACUUUUCAUACAGUUUACAGGAGCAUAAAGUUCAAUAUUGCAUUUCUGUCUGUUCAAUUUGGAGUCGUUUCAUAGUCACUGUGCUGGUUAAGGCAUGUAGAAAAAAAAUAGGAUUUUAGAUGUUUUAAAAUGACCAUGAAAUAAUAAAACAUAAAAUCGUUUUACAUAAACUAAGCUGUAAAAAAAAUAAAUAAAUAACAGUUUGGACUUUUUCUAUCAAGUUGUAGAGCAUGCAUUUAUCCAGAAGAGGGCAUUGUUUGCUUUCUUUUCUGUGGUAAUACGCUUUGACAAUAUACUACGUCCCCUUUAUAAUGUCAUCAGUGCAGUGAAGGUGUUUAUUGUCAAAAAAUAAAAAGCUUGCUGAAAGUG